AAUUUUAUCCGACCAAUCAGCGCUAUCCAUCUGUAAAGUCUAAUCGUGUAAAAGUAGCAAUUUAGCGGUAUACUCGUCCAUUUUCUAUCUGAAAACAACGAAAAACGAUGAAAACCUUUAUCGUUUUGUCGGUGCUUGUUUGUCUAGCGUUAGCCGAUCCUACUGUAUACUUUAAAGAAGAGUUUGGAGAGGGUUGGAGCGACAGAUGGGUCAAUUCUAAACAUCGUUCAGAUCAAGGAAAAUUCGAAUUAAGUGCCGGAAAAUUCUAUGGUGAUGCUGAAAAAGAUAAGGGUAUAAGAACCUCUGAAGACGCUCGCUUUUACGGAAUCUCCGCCAGUUUUGAUAAGUUCUCGAACGAGGGAAAGACCUUGGUCAUCCAAUUCUCUGUUAAACACGAGCAAAAUAUCGACUGCGGUGGUGGCUACGUUAAGGUUUUCCCCAGUGACUUGAAACAAGAAGAUAUGCAUGGAGAAACACCAUACGCCAUUAUGUUCGGCCCAGAUAUAUGUGGACCUGGAACCAAGAAAGUGCAUGUUAUCUUCAAUUAUAAAGGCAAGAAUUUGCUUACCAAGAAAGACAUCCGCUGCAAGGAUGAUGUCUUCACCCACGUUUACACCUUGAUUGUUAAGCCCGAUAAUACAUACGAAGUUAAAAUCGACAACGAAAAAGUUGAAAGUGGUGAAUUGGAAGCUGAUUGGGACUUUUUGCCACCAAAGAAAAUCAAGGAUCCUAACGCCAAGAAACCAGAAGAUUGGGAUGAUAGAGAGAAAAUUGAUGAUACUGAUGAUAAGAAACCUGAAGACUGGGAUAAGCCUGAGCACAUUCCUGAUCCAGAUGCCAAAAAGCCCGAUGACUGGGAUGAUGAAAUGGACGGUGAAUGGGAGCCCCCACAAAUCGACAACCCAGAAUACAAAGGUGAAUGGAAACCCAAGCAAAUCGACAACCCCAACUACAAGGGACAAUGGAUCCACCCUGAAAUCGACAACCCAGACUACACCGCUGAUGACAAAUUGUACAAAUACGAUGACAUUGGUGCUAUUGGUUUCGAUUUGUGGCAAGUAAAGAGCGGAACAAUCUUUGAUAACGUCUUGAUCACUGACGAUGUAGCCCAUGCAGAAGAAUUUGCCAAGGAGACUUGGGGAGCAUCCAAGGAUGGUGAAAAGAAAAUGAAAGAUGCUCAAGAUGAGGAAGAAAGAAAGAAACAAGAAGAAGAAGACAAGAAGAGAAAGGAAGAAGAAGACGCUAAGAAGGAAGAUGAAGAUGAAGACGACGGUGAUGACAAGGAAGAGUCACCGAAAUCCGAGGAUCACGAUGAAUUGUAA